AUGGCCGGGUGCCGGUGGGGUGCGCCGUGGGCCUGGGCGUGCGUGGCGGCGGCCGCCCUGCUGCUCGCGGGCGGGCUGGUGCGCGGCGACUGCUGGCUGAUCGAGGGCGACAAGGGCUUCGUGUGGCUGGCCAUCUGCAGCCAGAACCAGCCGCCGUACGAGGCCAUCCCGCAGCAGAUCAACAGCACCAUCGUGGACCUGCGGCUGAACGAGAACCGCAUCCGCAGCGUGCGGUACGCAGCGCUGAGCCGCUUCGGCAACCUCACGUACCUCAACCUCACCAAGAACGAGAUCGGCUACAUCGAGGACGGCGCCUUCUCGGGCCAGUUCAACCUGCAGGUGCUGCAGCUGGGCUACAACCGGCUGCGCAAGCUGACGGAGGGCGCGCUGCGCGGCCUGAGCAAGCUGCAGCACCUGCACCUGCAGGCCAACCUCAUCGAGGUGGUGGCGCCCGGCGCCUUCGGGGGGUGCCCCAGCAUCGCCAGCGUCGACCUGUCCGCGAACCGCAUCCAGCGGCUGCACGGCGCCACCUUCGCGGGCCUGGCCAAGCUGUCCGUGUGCGCGCUCUACGGCAACCCCUUCUACUGCUCCUGCGAGCUGCUGGGCUUCCUGCGCUGGCUGGCAGCCUUCGCCAACGCCACGCAGACCCACGACCGCGCGCAGUGCGAGGCCCCGCCGCUCUACUCCGGCUACUCGCUCCUGGGCCAGGGCCGCCACGGCCAGCACAGCGUCCUCAGCAAGCUGCGGUCCGUGUGCACCGACAGCCCCUACGCGGCCGAGACCCGCCCGGCGCCCGGCCGCGCGCCGCCGCCGCCCGCGCCGCCCAGCGAGGCCCCCUGCGCCGAGGACGAGUGCUUCUCCGGCGACGGCACCACGCCGCUGGCGGCCCUGCCCACGCUGGCCCCGCAGGCCGAGGCCCGCCCGCUCAUCAGGCUCAAGCAGCUGACGCAGAGCUCGGCCACCAUCACGGUCCAGCUGCCCAGCCCGUUCAACCGCAUGUACACGCUGGAGCACUUCAACAACAGCAAGUCGUCCACCGUGUCCAGGCUGACCCGGGCCCAGGAGGAGAUCCGCCUGACCAACCUCUACGCGCUCACCAACUACACCUACUGCGUGGUCUCCACCAGCUCGGGGCUGCGCCACAACCACACCUGCCUCACCAUCUGCCUGCCCAAGCCGCCCAGCCCGCCGGGCCCCACGCCCGGCUCCUCCACGGCCACCCGCUACAUCGUGAGCAUCCUGGGCUGCCUCUUCGGCAUGGUGCUGGCGCUCGGCGCCGUCCACUACUGCCUGCGGAGGCGGAGGCGCCAGGAGGAGAAGCACAAGGCCGCGGCCGGCAGCCUCAAGAAGACCAUCAUCGAGCUCAAGUACGGGCCCGAGAUGGAGGCGCCCGGCCUGGCCCCGCUGUCCCAGGGCCCGCUGCUGGGCCCCGAGGCCGUGACCCGCAUCCCGUACCUGCCGGCGGCCGCCGGCGAGGCAGAGCCGUACAAGCUGGCGGAGAGCGGCGAGACGCCGCAGGCCGGCAAGGGCAGCUACAUGGAGGUGCGUUCCGCGGAGCAGGCCGAGCGCAGGGACGGGGAGCCGGGCCGGCCGGGCCCCGACAGCCAGAGCUCGGUGGCCGAGAUCUCCACCAUCGCCAAGGAGGUGGACAAGGUGAACCAGAUCAUCAACAACUGCAUCGACGCCCUCAAGUCCGAGUCCACCUCCUUCCAGGGCGGCAAGUCGGGGGCCGUGGCCGCGGCCGAGCCACAGCUGGUGCUGCUGUCCGAGCCGCUGGCCGGCAAGCACGGCUUCCUGUCGCCCGCCUACAAGGACGCCUUCAGCCACGGCCUGCAGCGGCAUCACAGCGCGGAGGCCGCGCCCGGGGCCCCGCGCGCCAGCACCUCGUCCAGCGGCUCCGCGCGCAGCCCGCGGCCCUACCGCGCCGAGGCCGCCGGGGCGCACAAGGCCGCGGCCGCCGAGGCCAAGUACAUCGAGAAGAGCUCGCCCGCGGCCGACGCCAUCCUCACUGUGACGCCCGCGGCCGCCGUGCUGCGGGCCGAGGCCGAGAAGAGCCGCCAGUACGGCGAGCACCGGCACUCGUACCCCGGCUCCCACCCCGCCGAGCCGCCCCCGCCCCAUGAGGGCCCGGGCGGCCGCAAGGCGUCCAUCCUGGAGCCGCUGACCCGGUCGCGGCCCCGCGACCUGGCCUACUCGCAGCUGUCCCCGCAGUACCAUAACCUGAGCUACUCCUCCAGCCCCGAGUACACCUGCAGGGCCUCCCAGAGCAUCUGGGGGCGCUUCAGACUGAGCCGCCGGCGGCACAAGGACGAUGGGGAGUUCAUGGCGGCCGGCCACGCCCUGCGCAAAAAGGUUCAGUUCGCCAAAGACGAGGAUCUGCACGACAUCCUAGACUACUGGAAGGGCGUGUCCGCGCAGCACAAGUCCUGA